AUGGGGUACAAUUAUGAUAGCGAGGGAUUAAAACCAUACCCCAUAAAUGCGUAUUCAUUUAAUCCAUAUGAUAAUCAUUUUAAAUAUCCAAUUUAUAGAAGGAAUGUAGGAGAAAUAAUUUAUUCCAAUUCUGCUCUUAGAAAUAGGCAGACUAAAUUUUCUCAUUUUUGUAAAGCUCCAAGAUAUAAAUUAAAAAGGAUUGAAAGAAAAAGUAAAAUCCCCGUUUUUCAUAAAGCUCCUAAGAUUGUUGAAGUCCCAGAAACCAGAGAAAUAACCAGAUUUGUAGACAAUGUAAAAAUAGUAGAUAUUCCAAUUGAACAAAUUAGGAUUAUUCCAAAAAUAAAAAUAAGGGAUGUUGAAAAAAUUAGGCAUGUACCAGGUCCAAUAGAAUAUAUUGAUAUUGAACAAGAACGCAUUAUUCAUAAACCAUAUAUAAAAUUAAUAGAAAAAAUUCGAGAAAUUCCAGAAAUUGAAGAUGUUAAUAUCGAGGUACCAGUUUAUGUACCUACACCUGUAGGUCCUCCUGAGGAUAUCUAUAUUAAUGUCCCGUUACCUUACGAUGUUCCUCAAUUUUGUUAUAAGCCUGAUCAAAAUAUUAUUAAUCCUAUUUCCUACCCAAUUCCACACAAUAUAAACCAUGACCCUAAUAUAUAUAUCAAUGAAGGUAUCAUAAAUGCGGAUUUUCAAGACAUAAACCAGAAAAAAACACAUUCGGUCUAUCCAGAAAAAUAUGAUAAUCGAAAUAACGUAGAUGAAUGGAAUAGAAAUUAUAAAAAAGAAUGUGAUGUUCCUAAUAAUAAUAUAUAUGACUUUGACAUAUAUAACAACAAUAUUCAUGAUAAUUUUAAUGUAAGCGAAGAAAUUCAAAAUUAUUGUAAAUAUAAAAAUAAUGAUAUACCCAAAGAAAAACAAAGCUAUAGCAAAUAUCUUAGAAACGAUGAAUACCAUAAAAACAUAAAAAAUAAUGAGUAUAAUACUAAUGCAGGAAAUUCAUUCGAUAAAUAUUAUUAUCCUUAUUCAAAUCAUAAUGAUUACAAUAACGAAAAUUAUGAAAACAAUAAAAACUAUAUAUAUGACAACGAACAAUUAUCCCCCAAUUAUAACUCCAAUAAUAAUAGUGUAGCAGAACUUAUUGUUAAAAAAAAGAAAUAA